CAUCAAGCAUUGAACGUUGAAGCCAUCACGACAGACAGAAAACUCCACAUAUCUCGACAUCUUUAGUCCACAUCGAUAGUGCUAUCAUCAUCGGGUAAAUUUUGGCAUCUGAAUCACUUGUAUCAGUUCCAGCAUCCGGCGAUAGUGAGAAGAGACUCUUCGCGUGUUGGUGAAGCUCCCUUUCCGCAGCAUGAGAUGACCAUCGAAACCUCAUAGCACACACAAUGGAACGAUCAAAGCCCCAGGCUUUCUUGACAAGCUACGCGCCGCGACUGCGCGCCUACAACAACUCUCUCCUCACGCCCGUUCUACCAAGCAGCGCGCCCGCCGGACCGGCUUCGAGAACCACAAAGCGAGGGACGACGAUCAUAAAUUAUGCUGAAGAUGGUUAUGAUGACCUGGAAGAUGAUAGCGACGAUCCUAGACGACGGCCGACAGGCUUGAGGAGCUUGCGAAAGGAGGACUCGGUCAGCAGACAAGACCUCGCCGACAAGAUUGGCAAAGACACCAAAGAGCCUGUCGAGGUGCAGGGCGUCUGGCGCGAUUGGAUCGCCAAACACAGGCUGCUGAGGAGCGACCAGCAGAAUGCCGUUCAAGCAACAUUGCCUCUCACCCUGAUUCCGAUUCGAAUCGAUGUGGAUGUUCCCGCAUUCAUCCCACCAGCUCCAUAUCCCAUGCCGCAUAAUUCAAGUACAGUGGACACCUCACUUCCCCAGUAUCGUCAACAGGAGGCGACAGUGCCGUAUAAACUUCGGGACAUCUUUUGCUGGAAUCUGCACGAGACCCUUAUCUCUACCGAUCAGUUUGCCCAAACUCUAGUGCAGGACCUCGAUCUGCCAAACCGGCAGGUAGUCAUUGCUGAUAUCAGCAAGCAAAUCCGGACGCAACUUGAAGAAUACUCAGGCGUUGCCCUUCACCCACUAUUUCAUAGUGACCCGCAGGCCCUCUCUGUUCCACAGCCCACGACUGCUGCACUGACACCGCGGCCAAGCUUCGCGCUGAAGUCUCGGGAUGACUCUCCAGUCUCCGCCAUCCGAGGGGCCUCCCGGCCUGACACUCCGGCGCAGACAGGAGGCGCGGCCACUCCUUCGCAAUCCCAAGUUCCCGAUGUCACCGCAGAGGCGACGCCGAUUCUUCCUGAGUCUGACGACUACAACCCUGACGAUACCUAUCGAUGCAUCAUCAACUUGAACCUUAAUCUGGCAUCAAUGCUCUACACUGAUAAGUUUGAAUGGUCUCUAUUGCAUCCGCCCGGAACCGCUGAAGCGUUCGCCAAGGUCACUUGUACAGAUCUUGGGCUGACAGGAGAGUGGAUACCGGCAAUGACGCAUGCCAUCUACGAAGCGGUUCUGCGGCUGAAAAAGGAAGCCUGCGAGGCUGGCGGCCUCGUUGCUGGAUGGGGUGGAAUGCAGCAGGAAUUACCAAACGAUGCUGCCCAUGGCUCUGAAGCUGGCUGGAGGUACGACCCGGAGCACCUUGGCGAUGACUGGGAGCCGAAGGUAGAAUUCCUGAGCAAGGAAGAGAUUGAGAAGAGAGAAGGCGACCGAGAACGUGAAGUUCGUCGAUUACGCCGUGAGACGGCACGGUUCAGCUCUACAACAGGAAUGCUCGGAGGCACGCCCUUUGGUGCGCCGAUGGAAGUCGAGGAGGAGAGAAUGGGGCGAGGCGAACGGUCCAAAAAGAAGCGGCGUUUCCGAAGCCUGAGUCCGCUUGGCCGAGGUGGUACACCGGGAGGGCGAGGGACACCAGACGUUGGGGGAUACGGAGGUGGCGGAGCUUUGACAGACCAAGAGAGAUAUCAAUGGAGGUGCAUGCACUGCAGGAUAUGGGGCACAAGCGUCUGGGCUGUGAGGGAUGGACCAGCAGGUCCAAGAACACUAUGUGCCAACUGUGGUUAUCUCUACGAGCGUGACCAGAGACUGCCCCGUCAAAGUAAAAACAUCCAUAUAUCAGAUAUCCGUGGAUAGAAGUCCCACCAGUCCGGUUUUGACAAGGAGAAGACAUCUGGCUGCACUCGGCUUCUCCUGCAAACCACGCAUGAAAGCAGGAGAGCCGGGCAAAUGUCAUUCCAUGCUUUAGUUCUGAACAUCGAGGCAAUUGAACGGCAUCCACUUGUUCACGGGGAAUGGCGAAUAGUACUGGCAACACGUCACCCUGACAGCCAGUGAUGGUGGUGUUUGUUUUUGCGAGCAAUAGCUUUUCUGGAGGUGGAAAUUGGAAGGGAUGAUUAUACGGCGUCUCGGGAGGAUUUAGGGUUCCUCAUGUGGAUGAUACUUCCCCCCUAUCUUUGGAACGUUGGUAAUUGCGGGAAGGACAUGAGAUGCAGUAUUGCGAAAUACGCAUCCUUGUAGAUUAUAUUGAUGCCCGGUGGUUUACAAGGGGUGUUUGUGAUGCGUCCAUUGACACUCUAGCAUCUUGAAUUAUAGAUGGGUUGAGCUUAACUCAGAAUUAUGU